AAAUGUGGAUCAUAAAAAUUAGUAUUAUUAAUGAAUUGAAAGAAAAAUUAUGGCUUUAUUUGGUAUUAGUUUGUCACAACUUUACGAGAAGUUAAUAUGUUAUACGAUAAUAUUCGUGAUCACGCCAUGUUUCUUCAUAUUUGAAAUGAUAAUCGUUCGACCAGUCAUAGUGAAACACUACAAUAUGUGUUGGUGCAAAGAUUUGUUCCACGUCUGCUGUGCCACCUUCUGCUUCAUCAAUGUGAUCGGGAAUAUGAUCCUGGGCAUCAUAACUGAUACAAGCUUCACUCAAAACCUGCAAAUAGAGUGUGGCAGCUACUGCGAACAUUGCAAGAUGAACCGGCCAUCGAUAGCGUGGCAUUGUAAGGUGUGCAACGUCUGUAUCCUACGCAGAGACCAUCACUGUUUCUUCUUCUCCCGUUGCAUUGGAUUGUACAACCGAAGAUACUUCGUCUUAUAUCUCGUUUACAUAGUAUCAUCACUGAUGUACGCAACAAUUUAUAACUACUACUACAUUGCAACUAAACUGGGUGACUAUCAUUUGUCGAUUUCAAUACUUCGAUUUUCAAUUCCGUAUAUGACGUGCCUUAUUAAUGAACCGGCGGAUAUCAAGGACCUGUAUGUGCUAUUCUUGAUGUUGAACGUUGGUUUAGUUCUGUGGUGUACUUUACUCUUGUUAUUUCACUUGAGAAACACCCUCACAGGUCUGACGGCUCGAGAAUAUAAACAAAAGAGAAAACUUAAUUUGACAACACUGAAAGAAAACUUAAGGAGUGUAUUUGGGGCGAGGUGGUAUUUUGCAAUUUUCUGGCCGUUAGUAGAUAGUCCGAUUCCUGAUGAAUACAUAACAAAAAGUCUCUAAAAUUGUUGUAAUUAAGUUUAUUCUGCAAUUCAUUGUAUAAACCUUUAGAUUAAGGAUUGAUUUCUCUCUCCAAGGUGCUCCAACUAGAUACCGCACUACCUAAGAACAAUAGCUUUUUUAUUACGGCAACUAUUACAAGCUUGUGUGCAUCUUUAAAAUUACAUUACAUUGAAAUUAAUAAAAUACAAAAUACUUACUGAUGAUAAUAUGUAAUCUCACUGUCUUUUUUAUUUCUUGUUGUUUUAAUUUUACAAAGUUUUACCACGCAACCCGUCAUUUUAGUUUCAAUUAUUAGCAAAGUUUAACAGAACAUGUGGCACGUCAACGUCACACAUUGUUCGAGACUGGCUCGAGUAGGCUUAGGCGUAGUAUUAGUUGCUUUAUGUCUCAAGGUGACAAGCGCAAUUUGUAGUGCCGCUCCGAAAUUGUAAUGAAUUGUAAUGGGCAGGGCGUAUCAAUUACCAUUACUUGAACGUCCUAAUCGCCUCGUCCCUUAUUUUCAUAAAUAAAUAAAAACUUAAGCAAUCGUCACGUUUAUGUGUAAUGUGUGAAACGUUCCUUAUAUGGCACGAUCGUGAUGCAAGAGAAACUGUGUCGUAGACGUGUUAUGGAGCUUAAAAGUUAAUGAUAAAUAAUUGUAAAAGCUCUUGAGCCUUUCAUUGUAAUGACAUUAAGAGCGUUCGUAAUGAAACAAAUAAUUGAUCCAGCUUCGGUCCACGAAACAUUGAUGAUAAUAAUGACAGUAAAAUGACGUAGAUAUUGUAUGUUACAAGGAGGGUUAAUUCGUACCUCUGAAAUAAAAUAUUGCAUUUAAUUAAUAAAAUUGAAAAGACAGUCCGUUCAGUUGCCUUGAUAUCACUAUAGAACGAACGUAAAA